CGUCCCGGGGCCCCGCACUCGGGCCGUCCCGGGCUGGGCGGUGGGAUGGAGGCCCCGGCGGAGCUGCUGGCGGCCCUGCCGCUGCUGGUCACCGUGCUGGUCCUGCUGCUCGCCUCGCUGUGGGUGCGGCGGGCCCAGGCCCGGACCCCUCCCCGGGACCCCCAGCCCCAUCCCCCAGCCGCCGAGAGCCGGGACCCGACCCCCGCAGACGCCCCCCGGAGUGACCCCCCGGAGCCGGCCGCACCCAGACACCCGGAGGCCCAGAGCCAGGACAGCCCCGCCGGGCCGCCGGCGGAGGCCCAGCUCCCGCCCCCCCAGGACGAAGUCCCCGACCGCCCCCCGCCCCCCCAGCCUCCUGCCCAGGGACAGGAGAAAGAUCCCACUAAGGUCCAGCCCUCCGAGGAAGAUGAUCUGGACUCGGAGAGUGAAAAGCUCCCUGCAGCUGAGGAGCCUGAAGAGGAGGAGGAGGAAGAAGAGUUCUCCUUUAAGUACAGCCCCGGAAAGCUGAGGGGAAACCAGUAUAAGAACAUGAUGACCAAAGAAGAGUUGGAAGAAGAGCAAAGGAUUGAGCUGACCUCUGACCUCACCUCUCUGUAGCAAGUACCUUAGGUCCUCGGCCACAAACAUUCUUACAAAUCUUUUUGAGCUGAAGAGUGUAUGAAGUUGCCCCUAGAGUCCUCCUAGAGAUUUUGUCUUUUGGCAGCUUAAACACUUGAGAAAUUAGCCAGACUACACAGACACUCGUGUGGGAACACUUAGUUGCACACCCCAAUGCUUUGCCAUGUAUACACACUGACAGAUGCAUACACACAUGCGUGUGUGUGUGUGUGUGUGAGACCCUCAAUGAGUGAAACCCUCUCUUUGACUUUGAAAGGGGGCACCAAAUCAUAUUCUUUGCUCUCUAUUUAAAGGAAUUGAUCAUUCAGGCCCUGCAGGUGUGAAAGACUGGAAGGCGAUGGGCAUUCUAACAAGGCCUACCCUUGCCCUCCUUAUCCAUUUCAGAUAGUGAAUAAUUAUGGUUAAGCGCUGGGGUAGAUACGGGAUCAGAUAUUCCCUGUCCCACCCUGGGCUCACUGUCUAAGAGGCAGGGAGAGCAGGUAUCCCAUCUCCAUUUUACAGCUAGGGAAACUGAAACCCAGAGAGGGUAAGUGAUGUGCCCCAGGCCCCACAAAAGGCCGGAGGCAGAGCUGGGAUGAAAAGUCAGGUCUGCUGACUGCCAGGUCCGGGCCCUUUCCGCCGGGCUGGGUGACCUGUUGAGGUUUAAAGGCAUUUAGAGGUUUCAAGUCAGAGCACAGCCCAUCUCACUCGUUCCCCCAACAUUCUCCAUGUGAACCACAUCCUGUACUGUCCUGACACCGUGAGAAAUGAGGAACUACACACACCCUGUCUUGGUCUGCUACACUCGAGCCCACCCCCCCCGAUGCUAAGCAGGUCCCCCGACUUUUCCCCACUGCACUGUUCCCUCUUGUCUGGGACCCCUGGAUAAUUCAAUAAAGACCAGUGGAGGGGUGAAUGAAGGACAGACGGACAGAUGUAUGGACAGACGAGUGAAUACACGGAUGAACGAAUCUGCAAAAAUUGCAAGAGCCAAAUUGGCUUCCUCCAGCUGAGGCCCAUCCCUAAGAGGGAGAUUUUCAGGUGUCCAGGGAUGGGGACGGGGAUCCCUGAGGGGCUCAUCCUUGCUCACUCUGCUGGCCUCCACCUCCAGCUGUAGCUUUGGUCAUUAGAAUAGCAAUAAUCAGAGGCCGUGGGCCCCUUGGCUUUGCCCUCCCCCUAGGAGGAGCCCCAGGCUCUGUCUUUAGUCCAGCCCCAGGCCGGCUUCUCAGAGAUUCCCUAUGCUUCCCUUGGACUGCACUUAUGCUAGGCUGAUUGGUGGCAGUCGGCCCUGAAGUGGGUAGUUGCCAUGGCAACAAGCCCCGAGCUGGUGCCAUUCCCAGUAAAUUUUCACUUCUGGGACGGAAGAUGAGACCCACUGGCACUAAGUGAAACCACCGGACAUGAGGGCACUAGACAGAUGGACAUUCUGAUAGAUACCUUAGAACAGCUGCGACCGUGACCAUUUGGGCACCCAAACCACCUAGAUUUUGCUAGCUUCGGCCUCCCCGCCUACCCCAAGACGGUCUGGAUGAAUCUGGCUCUUUGCAGUUACCUUUUUUUAUACAUGAGAGGGGCUCUUACACACCCGACUCCACUUCUGGUUGCUUGGAUCUCUGUUUUCUGGCCUCUGUUCGGCCCAAUAAACCUUUGAGUAGCUGAUA